AGCAAGUUAGACUGUCCUGUAAACUAACUCAGCUGAUGGGGAUCUGGCACUUUUAAAUAUGACAUAAAAAAGGACUGCAGGAGAAUUCCAGAAGAGAAUAUAGAAAACCUAUUGUGGCACAUACACUAACCCUACUGUACUAGAAUUUGUCAGUGACCUCGUGAAUGUACGAACUUGGACGAUGGCUGUGUCGGUGGGAGAGAACCAGCUACAGAGGAUUAUCAGAGAUCUGCAUGACGCAGUUUCAGAGCUGAGCAAGGAAUAUACAGAAAAUGGGGAACCAAUCACUGAUGACAGCACAAGUCUACAGAAGUUCUCAUACAAAUUAGAGUACCUAUUACAAUUUGACCAGAAGGAAAAAACAACAUUUCUGGGUACAAGAAAAGACUACUGGGAUUACUUCAGUGACUGUCUGGCCAAGAUAAAAGGAGCUAAUGACGGAAUCCGCUUUGUGAAGUCUAUCCCAGAGCUGAAAACGUCUCUUGGUAAAGGAAGGGCUUUUAUUCGGUAUUCUCUUGUACAUCAGCGACUGGCUGACACCCUUCAGCAGUGUUUGAUCAAUGUAAAGGUCACCGGUGACUGGUAUUAUUCACGAAGCCCGUUACUGAAACCUCACCUGAAUGCUGACAUAAUUAACCACCUGUACGAAUUGAAUGAAGUUCAGUUUGACAUAGCUUCGAGGGGUCAUGACCUAGAUGCUGCUUGGCCAACAUUUGCAAGGAGGACACUGGGACUGGUCAAUUCUCCAGCCCACUUCUGGAAACCACCCAGUCGCAGUUCCAGCAUAAACAGCUUGGUUAGCAGUUAUUCACAGGCACAUGACUUUCCUUCAAGCCCAGAUUUUAACCACUCUUUAAUGAGUGAGCCAGUAAGCAUAGUGGAUGAGCUGCGCAUUGAACUUGACCAGUCGGAAAUAAAGCGGCUGAAAUUGCAGGAGCAGGUUAAUCAGCUGGAACAAGAAAAGCAAGAGCUCCUGAAAAUCAGCAGCCAACCUGAAGGACAGCUGGAGGUUUCCUUGUCAACCAAAAGCACUGCUCAUGACUUACAGCAGUGCCUCAAAACACUAAAUUCAUCUGAAAAGCUAAAAGAUUCUCAGGAGACCGUUGUGUGGCUAGAAAAGACAACUGGGGACUGUGCAAGUCAUUUUCAGUCAUUAACUGAAGAGCUGGAAGCCAUCGAGGCUUCUGAGCAAAUCAAGGACAGUAACAGUAGUAUACAAGCUAGACCCAAUGUUGUAGAACAGAAGAACCUAAAGUUCCUGGCAAAGCUUGACGGGGUUCUAAAUGAAAAGGGGCAACAAACAGCUAGCCACUGUGACACUGCACAGAAGAUUCACGAACUUCGAGACAAUUUCAGUGUGACAGAGGAAGAGAAGAUUGAAAUGCAGAAAAAUAGAAGUGAGCAAGAUUCUCCGAUUGAAAAACUGACUGACGAGUUAAUGCUCAGAGAAGAUGCUGCAGGAGAAAUUGAAUCAAAAUUCAACAGUCUCACUAUAAUCUCUGCAGAAGAAAACUGUAAAAUAAAUAAGCAAGUGGGAGAUUUAAAAAACACCAAAGAUACGUUUGAAGAAGCCCCAACAGUAAAAGAAAGGGAAGCCUCUAAUCUGAAAAUGCAGCUGCAGGAUAUGCAAAGGCAUACUGAAUUGCUGGAAAAGCAGUAUGAAGAGAAAGAGAAAGGGAUUUGGAAGGAGAUGCAACAGAAGUAUGACACUCUGAAGGAAAGUCUUGAGGAACAGAUACAUUCUCUCACUGAACAACUAAAGGCCAAAGAAAAAGAUCUGUCUAACAGCAAUAUAAAUGUUCAGAAGCUAGACGAACACCGAAUCAAGAUCAUCAAUGAGAAAGAAGGUCUAAUUAAUACCAUUGCAGAGUUAGAAGAAAACAUGAAACGACAAUCAGAUAAACUAGAGCAAUCUAAAAUUGAGUGUUCCAAUUGGAAGUCACUGCAUGAGAAACUGCAACAGACAAUAAAGAGGACUGAGGACACCAAUAAAGAACUCAUGGAAAACAGAACUGUACAAGAAGAUGAACUGGCUAGCCUCCGUGCUUCUGAAAAGCAUCUGCAGAGUCAGAUAGAUGAUACCAUGGUCACUGUAGAUGAGAAGGAAAAGAAGCUCAGGGAAGAAAACAGACAUUUAGAUGAGAGUUAUCAGAAAGCGUUAAUGCAAAAUGCAGUUUUUGAAGAAGCAAUAAAGAAGUUUGAGGAUGAGAAUAAAGAUCUAAAGCAAGAUGAGGCAAAUCUAAAGGAAGAAAUAUCCUCACUAAAGAUAGACAUGAAGCGGCAUGUUACAGAGCUGGAGAAGAAUAUUGCAGCACUAAAGAAGCGUGAGAAAUCCCUUGAGGAGCAGCUUCAAGAAAAACACAGACUUUUAGAGGAGAAGGAAAAGUUUAUUGAUGGACUUUUAGACAAAUCAGUUACAUUUGAGAAACAGGUAAGGGAAUUGCAGAGAGAGAAGCUAAAUUUGGAGAAUGCUAUUCUGCAGCAAACCAAGUCAAUGGAAUCUCUCACCACGGAAAAGGCUUCUGUGGAGAAAGCGAUCAACUCACAAAUGUAUGCGGCUGAAAGGCAACUUGAGUUAAACAUGAAAGAAGUAGGAAGAUUACAAGCAAAGGUUAUUGACCUCAGAGGCAAACUUCAGAGUGCCAGUGAGGAAAGGAUGAAAACCCAGGCCAAGUUAAAUGUGACCGAAGCCUCUCUUGAAGAAUUGAGAACCUUUACAGAGCAACUGAAGGGACAGAUUGAGUCACUUAACCGAAACCAUGUGCAGGAACUUGUGCAGUUUAGGGAGAAGGAAGACUGUCUGAGAAAAGAUAAGGAAUCUGAAGCCAAGGCCUGGGCUGAGCAUGAAACUAUGACAUCUUCUCUUAAAGAUCAGAUGUCGGUGCUUAAACAGUACUUAGAAAAACUUGAGUUGGAAAACACGGAAACCAAGGAAUUACUUCAAAGGGCAAACGUGGAAAUGGCUGAGCUUGGCAUUCAGAUCUGUACCCUCACCUCAGAAAAAGAAGAUGCUAAAGAAAAAUGGACAAGAGUUUCUCUUCAGCUUCAAGAGCAAUGUGAAGAAGCAGGAAAAGAGAUAAACAAGUUAAAUGCCAGCAUGGCUGCUCUAAGACAGGAGAACGAAAGCCUUCAGGAGGAGCUGAAGCAAUCAGAGAACCUUGCAGACGCAAUCCUCGACCUACAAGCUAAGUUAGAGAAAACUGAAAAACAGGCAAAGAGUCUCCAGGAAACAUCCAAAGAAGAGGUCUUUGCUGUUAAGUUUCAGAUGAGCAGCGAAGUUCUUAACUAUCAAAAUAAAGUCAAGAGUGUCACAGAAGAAUUGGAGAAUAUUAAAGGACAGUUGAAAGAGCAUGAAGAAAAGAUGUCUGACCUGGAAGCAACAGCCUCACAAUUAAAGGUGGUAAAUAGUGAUUACUCAAAGCAGUUGGAUGAAAAAGCAGAGCAAGUGAAAAAUUCUGAAGCAUUAAUCCAACAAAAUGCUGAAGAGCUACAGUCUUUAAAAGAUAAUUUGGCAAGAAUUCAAGAAGAAUUAUCAGCGUCACAAAAACAAAGCAAGGAGUACAGAGAUGAACUUGACAAGACAGUGGCCGAAAAGCAAAAAAAACAACUGGAGCUCUUGGCUGAACUUGAUGAUUUGACUCAAACCAAGCAGAACCUAGAGGAGCGACUCAUUGAACUGAUUAAAGACAAAGAUGCCCUGUGGCAGAAAUCAGAUGCCCUGGAGUUUGAACAAAAGGUUCGUGCUGAAGAGCGAUGGCUUGUUGACAGGGAGACUAAUCACUGCCUGGACUGUAAGAGUCAAUUUACAUGGUGGCUUCGCCGACACCACUGCAGACUUUGUGGUCGCAUAUUUUGCUAUUACUGCAGCAACAACUUUGUGAUGACCAAGCAUAGUGGUAAAAAGGAGCGUUGCUGCAGAGAGUGCUACAUGCAGCACAGUGCAGUGAUUAAGAGAUUUAGCCAGGCAGAUGCAUGCAGUGCUCCCGAAACUCCUGAGGGAUCUCCAUCCCUCUCUGCUCAACCACCACCACGACCAUCACCAAGUGUCACAGUUACAGAUGGAGUUUCAAAGCAAGAUGAUGUUACCUUUGAUAUUAUCACAGAUGAGGAGCUUAAUGUAAUCGAUGACAGUGAUUCUUUGCUUCCAACUGAUGCUGAGGCCCCAGGUAGCCUGAAAGAGUCAUUUGAGCAGGGCACUGCAGAGCAGAAUGCAAGCUCAGAAGUAAUAACCCCAGAUGAACUAGAGCCAACAGUUCAAGAUGCUGAGAUAUACUUGUUGAAGUCUGGAGAACUGACGUUACGAGUCCCCCUGAAUAUUGAAGAGAUCAUACAGUUUGGAGAUGAUAGUAGAGAACUGUUCAUUAAGUCUAGCUGCUACAGCGUCAUCCCCAUUGCUGUUGAGGAAGCUGGCCCCACCAUUAGUUGGGUUUUUUCUUCUGAGCCAAAAAGUAUCUCAUUCAGCGUUGUGUACCAAGAGUCGGCAGAAAGCCCCUUAGAACAGUCAAAGGUUUUAAUUCCUUUGACUCGCUGCAAGUCCCACCAGGAAACCGUUCAGGGCCAGCUGAAAGUCAGGAAUCCUGGUUCCUACAUGCUCAUAUUCGACAACUCAUUUUCCAGAUUCAUCUCAAAGAAAGUUUUUUACAACUUGACAAUUGAGAAACCCAUAAUCUACGAUGGAAGUGAUUUCCCAUAAUAUGGGAAUUGUUCUCAUUUAUGUAUUUGUUUAUUUUAAAGCACCCGCACCCUCAUUAUGCCUCUGUCUCUAGGUGACAAGUACUGUGUUGUGAAAAUGAAAUGUGCACUUAGAAUAGGGGAUUUUUAUAGGAUUUUUGUCGUGGUUGGAAAAAAGGUUUAAAGUAUGUAGUUUCUUAAAGUAUGCAGCAAUAUUUUUACAAAAACAUUUUACUUGUCAAAGACUGUACAUGAGAUUUCAUCUGAUAAUCCUGGUAAGCAGUAACACCAUCUUCCAGAUGCAACCGCAUGUGUAAAUGCCAGCCUCAUAACAUAACAUGGCAUAACAUUUUUAAAUGCAAUGCAGAAAAUAGCCAAAGGAAAAAUCAACAAAAGCACUGUCAUUUGUGGCAUAGUAUGUAGAGAGGCAUAUUCUCUUUCCGUUUGUAAUGUAUAGUAUAGAAUUGCCCAAACCCUAUUCACAGGGUCAUAAGCCAUUGAUCAUGAGAUUUAAAACUUAUUUACAGUAUAUAUUUCUAUUACUUUUACAGCUAAAGUUUGAUUCUAUUAACAUUGAAAGAUAGCACCACUAUAGUGUGUGUGUGUAAGAAGAGCAUAUGGCUAUAAACUUUAUGUGAUGUGUAUUAUUCUAUGUUUAAAAUAUAUACAUAAACCUCAAAACUGUACUUUAACAUUAUAUAGUUGUAAAAGCUAAUAAUGAGUAUGUUUCUGUAGCAAACAUCAGUGCUGAUGACAUACUGCAAUAAUCUUGCAGUGGCAUUGUCUAUACAUUGAAUUACUUUUUAGCACCAGGAUUUAUUAAUGGUUUUAUAUAGAUUAUUCAAACGUAUAGGUUAUUGAUACUGUUGUAUUUGCUAUAUUUAUAGGAAUAUAAUAACACUAAAAGGCUAUUUAACUUGUAUUUACCUCCUGUAGUCUCAUAUUGGAAUGCUGAGAAACACUUGCAAUACAUUAUAUACAAGUUUUUUGUUUUUAUAUUUAUGAGAUAUUUAAUUGGAUGCUACUGUUCUUGGUACAGCAGCAAGCAAUAUAUAAUUAUUUUUACAACACAAAUUGUAUUCAUUAUAAAAGCAAACAAUCUUUUUUUUUUAAAAAGAAUACAUUUUAUUAAAACUAUCUAUGCAAUUUUGCACACACUUUUGAACAUUAUAAUCAUUUUUAAAACCAAAAACCAAUGAAGCCUCUUGAGCCCAAAAAGCUCCAGUUUGUUUGUUUGUUUUUAACCAUUCAAAGUACUGACAUGUGGGUUUCAAGAGCUUUGGCAUUUGUCUGAUUUAGUAAGUAACAGAUAACAAUCAACUAUUUCUGUUUUGUGUGGUAUAAUUAUUACAAUCUAUCUCACUUAAAGUUUUGGAAUGAAUUGUCUCAACAUGCAAUAAAGAGUUUUGAUUAUUA